AUGGCCGCGGCUUAUGAUAUCAGCUUUUUCUUGAAGAUUGUUCAACUAUUGCUCCGCGAAUGUCUUCAUGGUGAAUGGCCAUCAGAAAGCAGCGUGCCAUUAGGACACACAAGAAUGAUAAGUCGAGGAGCAAUUCUGAGCUUGUUGGCAGAAUUAGUUAAAUCGUACCCUGGUGUUGCUUCUCUGAUAUGCGAGGCUAAAGAAGAUGGUCAGAGCGUUAUUCAUCAACUCAUUGAGCAUUUCAUCGAUGGUUCGCAGGAGAAAGAUACUCUUGGCUCUUUGAAAACGCUGAUUUCCAUUCUGGCUGCCUGCAAUCACUCUCCCAAAGCGCAGGAGUCGUUGGUGUCCGACAUGAAGGCAUCGCUGCUCGCAGUUGGAAACUCGUCACUUUCCUCUUCGGCGAUCUGUAGCAAAAUCACAGAGUUGUGUUCUUUGCUUGUUAUGAUGCUAGAUUCUUGCCCGUCGUCUAUGACUUCAUUGUCACAUUCACACCAUCGCCAUUUGCUUGGCGGAGCUCCAAGUUCAAUAACGAAGUUGUUCCACAAGAAAAGAAUAUGUAAUGACCUCGUGAAGACUAUCACGUACCUUCAGUUGUCGCAGAAGGAGGCUAUCGAUACAGUUAACACUGUACUGAAAACGCUCGAAACAUUGAUGAGAACCACGAAUUCAUCAAACUCUUCAGCUAAUGCAGCAAGCAUUACUCACGGAGCACGAAAUGUUGCUCGUGCUCAGGCAAUUGGCAUCCAUCAAUGGUACUGCUUCCAGGCUGUGAUCAAUGCUGCCGUUGCUGACGCUGUAAGGAUCCCAUCGCCGAGUAAUAGUAGGGACGCCGCCCUCAGUCAUGCCAUUGACUUGGGCCUACUCGCCAACAAUUUGCUCAACGAUGCACGUGAACUCAGCAAUGAGCAAGACGAUCGAAGUGACCCGAUGCUCGUUCGUGUCAGCGACAAUGUGUAUCUCAGCGAUAAUGAUCAGCCUCAAGAAAACGACCACCAUCGUGGUGAGGUAAUGGAUGAGGAAAUGGACGAAGAAGCGGUUGAGGAUUCGAUGUCAUCUGGUGAGGAAGACAAUGAAGAUAGAACUGUAGAAGACGAGGAGGGUGAUGACCGUGAAGAAGAUGACACUAUGGACGGUGAAGAUCAGGACGAUGAGGAAGAGGAAGAUGACGAAGAUGGUCGAAGAGAAGGGGAUGUGCAAGCGACUGUCAGGGUCGACGCAGAAGAAAGUGGUGAGGACGGCGAAGAAGAGGAAGAGGACGAUGAUGAGGAAAUGUAUGACUAUCCCGAAGAAGAUGAGGAUGCGUUGCAUGACAUGACUUUCGAUUUGCUUGAUCGGCCAGGAUUGUCCUCCUUUGGAUUUGACGAUUUCAUUUUUGGACCUCCUAUUGGAAUCAACAGAGAGCAUCGUGGGGCACGUCGAGAGCAAUCAAGCGCUGGCGUACAUCCGUUGAUGGUAAGGCCAGCUCACAUCGCUGAUUCGCAGCCAUCACACAACCAACAGUCUGCGCCCACGGUCAGUCGGCUAGAACGCAUUGCCAGGCUCGGCAACUAUCGAAGUCUUCUAUUGGACAGUGGAAGCGCUGGUAUACCAGUAACCCUGACUCGGCAAAAUGCUAUUCGUCGUAUUGGCGCUGCAGACCGUGCCCGUGUUGGUCCAACUAGUCAAUUCUUUGACAGACUAUUCGAUUUGCAUGCAAGAGAUCGUGGUGGUCCAUUGAUGAACAUGACGGCAGGGCGAAUUGUAAGCAUGGGGUCAAACUUGCUCGACAGCCCUGAAGAAAGGCGAAUGCGGCAGCCCGCAUCCGCUCCUUCUGCUCUAGAUCGAUAUACUGAUGGUGCUGACAUGAUGGACGGCGUGUCCAUGCAAUACGUCGCCAUCAUUAUAAAUAGUAUAGUGACUAGAGUGGCAAGAAAACGUGUGGAAGAGGAGAAGGCCAAAGAGGCUGCAGAGCAAGCAGCGAAAAAACUACUUGAGGAGAGCAGCAAGGGAACAUCAGAAAGUGCACCAAAAGCUAGUGAUGAAACGGGCACUUCGGGAGCAACGGCCACCGUGUUGGCCCAUCCGCCUACUGAAGUUGCGCGUCAAGCUUGGGAUGAAUCUGCUUUGGGCAAUCGAGAAACAGACGUCGCUACAGCACUGAGUGCUGGAGACAGCGUGACCAAUGGAGAUGCGUCUGGCUUACCGGUAGUCGAAGGAGAAGCCAUGGACACGUCAGCGACUGUCGCUUCUUCACUGCCAGAAGCAGAAGUUGAUGAAGAACGGAUGAUAACUCCCCCUCUUCCUGUUGUCUCGAAUGUACCGCAUGAAGGAGAUGAUGUACGAGAUGCAAGCGACAGAUCUGACAACUCUGGUCAUACAGAAACCACAACUGACGAACCGUUGGCGAAUGGCAGCACAGCUAGAACUGCUGCUGAAAAUAACGCUAUUCCUGAUGAAAUCCGUGAAAUUCUCGGUGUUGAUGCUCCCUACUCAUUUUUACUUGCAUUUUUAGUUGCUAAUGCCGUGAGAUUUUGGCGCAACACGAACGUGCAGUUCGUGAAGCUGAGGAGGCGCUCCGAAGAGCGAACGCACCAGCUCCUCCUGCAGCUCCGGAACCAGAAAUGGAUGGUGCAGGCUGUUAUCGCAUCUCUUCCUGCACAUGAAAGAACGCAGGUGCUAGCCGAGAUGGAUGAAUCGGAACUGCAACGUCUUCCGACCGAGAUGCAGGACGAAGCACGAAGAGCCCGCGCUAAUUUAGAACCACUGGUGUCCGUUUGUCCAUCAUGGCUUGAUUCUAUCACGGUCUCGGGUGUAGGUCAUAAUGAACGUGCGCUGAAGAUAGCCAAGAACGUGUCCAGAGUGGCUAUUCAUCCUUUGCUGUCUGCUGGACUUUCAAAGAACGUGCUCGACAGUCUUGGCACCAUUGCGAAGACUUACCCCGGACACUUCCUUCCCUCCAGUCUCCGAAAAACUUCGCAGCAGGCACAGGCUAAAGAUGGAACGUCAGAAAGCCAAUCGGCGCCUGUACGUGAUGCGAGUCCACCUCUCGACCUGUUCUGGGAACUGUGCAGGCAUCAUCUUGCAAGUCUCUCGCUGCUAAAGAAGCACGUGAAAGUGGCGAACGUAUGUCUCUGGAAAGUUCCUACAUGGGUCGCCUCAUGCGACAUCUCAGCAAAAAUCUGGUUGCUCAAAAAUGGACAAGUUCAGGAUCGUUUACUGCGUGUAAUUAGUACGAUAGUGCAAACUUUACCUAAUGACACUAUGGCGUUGCUGGGAAAUCUGGAAGGUCCGAAUCCGCUAGAAAGUCAACUGAAAGCUGUGAUCGAUGUUCUCAUGCGUGGAUCAUGUAGUAAUGAAGGCCUUGCUGACGGACGAACACUGCUUGUCGAGUGCAUGCGUGCUCUCCCUCCCUCUAUAACGGAUACUAUCUAUGAACAGCUGUUCACAGCCGUGCAAAAUGUUGGACUAGAACUACAACCACAGGUUUUUUCUGAGCUCAGCGUCUCGUUUUUAAAGGUCCUCUCUAGUUCACUUUUUGAGAUUCCAUUCCAGAUUGAACGGCUAAUAGAGGAGCUGGGUGAACCAGACACGACCACAUCAACGGAUGACCUUCCUUCCACUAGUAAGGCUGCAUCUGCAACAGUUGAAUCAGAUUCCACAGCGACUGGUGUAGGCACUGACCGUGACAGGCGGCUGGCUCGUACCAGAAUUGGGCGUUUGGUGCUUGAUGCAGAAAAUGGCGGUCGAUUUACACUGAGCGCGAGCUCAUGCCCCGAACUUCAACUCCCAGCAGUCACCAUGUUAACAGACAAGUCAGGUGCUCAGUAUAAGCUGUUGAGUGCCCUGCAAACUCUUUCGAAAAUACGCGACACUAUGCGUCAGAUGAAGGAGGAACGCCGCAAAAAGGAGGAACUCGAAAAGAAAAAGAAAGAGGAAGAGGCUAAAGCCGCGGAAGCUAAGCAAAGUGCUGAGAACAAAACGAUUGAUCCUGUUGCUGUUGACGAUGCGACAGCACCAACACCGGAAACGUCCCAAUCAGCUGCCGUACAAGAAGAAUCAACUCCUAUGGCCACUUCCACGAGUGCUGUUGACGAGGACCAAUCCAAGCAAUCAGCUGAGGAAACCAACGAAGAUGUUGUGUUGAGUCAUCGCUUGACAGGUCUUGAAGGUAUGUUUCAAAAUGAGAUGUUCUCUGGGCUUUCUCCUCACAAAAGUUCAAGCGCAUUUGCUUUAAGAGCUUUGGGAAGUCGUGUCAGCAUGCCUUACUUCGUCUUGGAAAAGGCAUCGGAUCAUCAUGCUGUGCUCGCACUUCAACCUGCAGCAGAAGCUUUCUUCCUGGUUCAUGCUGUACCACGCCCUGCGCACGCUGCAAGUGAUCACCAUCAUGACGAUCCCGAUACUUUGAAAAUGAUUGCGUUCGCAGAAAAGCAUCGAGAAGUUUUGAACCAAGUAUUGCGACAGAACAAUACCGCAUUGUCGCCAGGCGGUCCAUUCGCCGCUCUCAUCCAGUUCCCAAAGCUUUUGGACUUUGACGUCAACCGAACUUCCGUCGAGCUGAUGUGCAAGUUCAAGUCAGCGAUCGCAAAUAUUCUCGGACUCCUUCCGAGAAUUGUGAAGAAGGUCAAGAUGCGGGAGGUCUGCUUCGUGAAUGGUUCUCUGGUAAUUACAAGAGAGAUAUUCAACCCGAACUAUGCACUCUUCAUCACGGCACCAGGCGACAUGGUUACGUAUAUGAUCAACAAGGCGUCCUACAUCAAUCCUGAACAUCUCGAUUAUUUCAAGUUUGUGGGACGAUUGAUAGCCAAAGCUAUUUAUGAUAACAAACUAUUGGACUGCUAUUUCACACGUGCCUUCUACAAACACAUUCUAAAUCUACCGGUCAGAUACCAGGACAUCGAAAGCGAGGUGGAGGAGUUUGGUGUUCGCUCAAUCCGUGAUUUGAAACCAGAUGGAAGGAAAAUUGAUGUGACGGAUGCAAACAAGGAGGAAUACGUCAAGCUUGUGUGUCAGAUGAAAAUGACUGGUUCUAUUCGCAAACAGCUCGACGCAUUCCUCACCGGCUUCUAUGAAGUUAUUCCUAAGCAGUUGAUCAGCAUGUUCAAUGAACAAGAGUUGGAGUUGCUCAUUAGUGGCCUUCCCGAUGUGGAUAUUGAUGACUUAGCAAACAAUACUGAAUACAAAAUGUAUACAAAAACUAGUGCACAGAUUCAAUGGUUCUGGCGCGCGCUCAGGUCAUUUGAGCCAGAGGAUCGUGCAAAGUUCUUGCAAUUUGUGACAGGUACCAGCAAGGUUCCGUUACAAGGGUUUGCGAGUCUAGAAGGAAUGAAUGGCAUCCAGAAAUUCAGUAUUCAUAUGGAUUGCCGUGGUGGUGAUCGCCUGCCUGCUGCUCACACAUGUUUCAAUCAGCUCGAUCUUCCUCAAUACGAGUCAUAUGAGAAAUUGCGUGACUCCUUGUUGAUAGCAAUUCGCGAAUGCACUGAAGGCUUUGGUUUCGCAUAA